UCCCUCGACGCUGUCACAUGGUGAUAACUCAGCAUGGCAUCCUCGCUUCCAUGCCCAUCUUAAGCUCAUUCGUAGUCACUCGAAAGAAGAAGCUCCUCCCCUUUCGGUGACGCAUGCGCUCUCGGCUUGCUUGAUUUCUUCAGUUGUAAUUUUUGCUUCAUAUCGGAUAGUCCUAUCUGUAAUAGCUCUGUCACAAUGAGUGACCGUAGUUCGCGUUCGCGUGAUAAACGUAAGUCUCAGCGGUCACACAAAAGUGACAAACAUAAGUCGCGUUCUCGGCAAGUUCAGCAAGAGGACAAGAAACGCGAGCGUGUUAAGAAGAUAACGCCGCGUGAAUUCAGGGCAAGUACUGCCCCGCCGGCGCCACCACGUGGUGCAAAAUCCAACAUGCCCGCACAUGUUCGUGACCCAGCUGCCGUCCCCCCUGUUACAAGCCUGGCGGAGUUUAAGCGCCGUAUGGCUGCUCUCCCGGCAGCACAGGGGAGUUCUACGCUCCAUGGCAGCGAGUUUUCUCUUAGGGAUUCCGAGCGGGAGCUUUCGUCCGGGCAUGUUCAUGAGCAUGAGGAAAAUUUUCCAGAAAAUAUGGCGGAGUUCCGUGCUAUGCUAGGGGUCAACACCCUACAAGAAGAUCAAAAUUCUCUCCGUGCGGCCUUCGGCCUUAUGACUGAAGAAUUUCGGGGAGUUAAAGAAAUUCUUGGCUCCAUUGCGGCUUCCGUAGGCUCAAAGAGGCCUUCGGUGCCACCCUCAGAGGCGGAGUCGGUUCGUUCGAAACGGGCUCGUACGGGCGACAGCGGCGAGGAGUCGGACUUCUCCUCGGUCAGCGUUGAGUCUUUCGUGCCGCUGCAGCGUGAGCCGCCCGACCCGGAUAAAGUGUGGACGGCCCGCCCGUCGGUUGUUAGUUACACCGAGCAGUACUUCGGGUUAGAGAAGCGUGAAUUUGCCGAUAUUAAACAUUGGCAGGGUAAAUUCCUUCUCCCAACAAAUGCACCUAAAAAUCUCACGGUGCCGAAGCUCGAUAGCGCUACGAUGAAAUUACUGCCGGCGGUUGACCCGAUCAGAGGUAAGCAUUGUAUCAAUGCGGACAAGCCGCUUUUCACUUUCCGAGAGUCUGAAAUUUCGGAUGGAGUUACCAGAGUGCUCCUGGCAUCCUGGAGACCGAGAACCAGUGGGUUAUACUCGUCCUCCUGGCGGAGAUGGUCUCGCUGGUGUGGUGGAAAAAGUCUUGAUCCCAUUUCGGCGCCACUGAAUAAGGUACUCGACUUUCUGUAUCGCCUUUUUGAUAAGGGUCUACAGUACCGCACGAUCAAUGUUUAUCGUUCUGCCAUCUCCUCGACACACUUGAAUGUAGAAGGUAGGCCUAUAGGUGCUCACCCUUUAGUUUCUCGUUUCAUGAAGGGUGUGUUCGAGUUGCGUCCACCCGUACCAAAACAUGUGUUUAUUUGGGAUGUUUCAGUUGUCCUGAAAUUCCUACGUAAGUGGGCACCGGCAAAAUGUUUGAGUUUAAAGCAGUUGACUCUCAAGGUGGCCAUGUUAGUAGCCUUGGUGUCUGCAGGAAGAAGCCAAUCCUUAGCUUUGUUAGACACUUGUCAUAUGAGUUCCUCUAAGGACGGUUUGUCAUUUGAAGUUUACAAACUGACAAAGACUUCUAGACCAGACAAACCCUCUCAUUCUAUGUUUGUGGCUAAGUUUGAGCAGAAGGAAGUGUGUCCUGUGGUUUAUUUGAAAGCGUAUUUAGCUAGGACAGCAUCGUUUCGUUCGGAUUCUGAUUCGCGUGUGUCCCGCGCAUUGGUCAAACCGCACAAGGCAGUGUGCUCAGCUACGAUUGCUCGUUGGCUCAAAUCUGUCCUUUCAGAAGCUAGUUCAGUCACCAAAGGCUUCACCGGCCACUCUGUCAGAAGUGCUGCUACCUCUGCUGCCCAUCAAUCCGGGGUAUCAGUGAAGGAUAUAAUGCAAGCAGCGAACUGGUCAAGUAGUUCGACCUUUGAAAAGUUUUACAACAAACCUUCAAAUUUGUCUCAUUUUGGUCAUUCUGUUCUGGCCUCCGCUUCAAAGUCAUGCUGAGUUAUCACCAUGUGACAGCGUCGAGGGACAAUUGAAGUUUGGUACAAACCUUGGUGCCGGACAAAUGUAAUUGUCCCUCGACGUGGAACAUGGUGAUAACC